AUGUCUCUCAUACAGCCUGCCCCAGCCAAGCUCCAGACGCGGUCCGACUUUUCCGUGACGCUCAAGGUCCCGCCUUCUUCGACUGCUUCCUCUUGGUAUCGCUACGAGUACAAACAAGCAGGUGCUGCAUGGGACGAACACGCACGACAAGUGGACGCGCGUCCUGGUGCUGCCUCAGUCAUUCUGGACGAUCUCCAUCCCACGAGCACGUACGAAGUGCGACUUUACGAGGUCUGGAAGGACGCAGACGGCAAGGAACAAGUGUCCAUAGGUAGUGAAGUGGCCGCUGUGGAUACAGAAGUACCAGGCUGUGGACCGGACUCGAGUCGGGGCUGCAUGUGCUCCAUUCAGUGA